GAAUUGGCUUUCUAGCAUCAGCUCAAAAGAGCUCCAAUCUGAUGACUUGAGAGGAUCAAAUCAUUGCAUAGCCUAAAUGAAAUUGCUAGCCUGUGCUCUAUUUAUUGCGGCAUGGACCACAUCCUGUCAAGCCUUGAUAGUCCCUGAAGACUGCAAUGAUGCCAGAAUAGAGAAGAGUGCAGAGGUGGCUUUGAAUUUAAUCAAUGAACAUCGCAAAGAAGGCUACAUUUUUACCCUGUUCCGUAUUGCUGAUGCUCACGUUCAACAUGUGAAAAAUGCAUCCAUAGCAUACCUAACUUUGGAGGUCUUGGAAACGCAGUGUCCUGUAAUAUCCAGAAAACGCUGGUCAUCCUGUGGACACAGACCAUUCUUAAGUAUAAUGGAUUUGGGACAAUGUAAGGCUGUUGUGUAUAUAAAUGAACUUUCCAAAAGAAAACUGCUAUAUGCAUACAACUGCACUGUCAGUCCAGUUCCACCAAAACUAUAUGAAUGCAAGGAUUGCCCUGUAAGAAUAACAGUUCUAGAAGACACUGAUAAGCACACUGAAGAAGCCAACAAGAUUUUAGAGAAGUACAGCCUGGGGAGCAAUGUGUCAAAUUAUUUCAAGGUGGAGAAAGUCCAAAAGGUUAUCAGCGCAGUGGCCAGUCGUACGGUAUUCAUUGUUGAAUUCACCAUAAAAGAAACAAAAUGCCCUAGAAAUACUGACCCAGCAAGCGUUUCCCAAUGUGAAUUCCUGCCUGAUGGAAAAGCUAAUCUGGGAUUUUGCAUAGGAAGAAUUGUUAAAGAGACACAAAGCCCAGAUGUGGUUCAAGUAGACUCCUGUGAAAUCUAUGAUAUUCAGACUCUCAGCAUCUCCCCUCAUCAUCAUCCUCACCACUUCCACCAUGAUUCAGGAGAAGGCCAUCAUCAUUGCAAUGUAACUGGGCGUGAAUGCAGAUAUCGGCCACAUGAACAUCAUCCUUUUCACCAUCAUCAUCAUCACCCUCAUCACCCCCACCAUCACCAUCAUUGUCACCCCCAUCAUAAUCAUCAUCAUCAACAACAACACAAUCACUCUCACCAUCCUGGACACCUCCAAGAGUAUAGAGACCCACCAAUUCUUGGCCAUUAUCAAGCUGGUCCUGCAGGUCCCAAGGGCAACCAUAAUUCUGAGCAGACACAAGAGGAACAUCCUGACAUUCCCCCUCCUCCAGGGCCCCAAUAUCCUCCUCCUCCUCCCGGUGGUCCCCCUCAUCUUCCUCCUAGUAAAUAUCCACCACCACCUCCUGGGCCUCCACCUCUCCAACCUUUUCGUCAUAGACCAGUUGAUCAUCACCCACGGCCAUGUGGGAGGUUUCCUAAAUGUGGCCACUGGCAUCGCUGCCACCACCAUCAUCACAGGUCUAAUGACACUGCAUAUAAAAGAGAAGAAAGCCAGUCCUUAGAAGAGCAAGAUUCUUUCCAUCAUAGUAGUGUGGGCUCAGUCCAUCAUGUUCCAAUUUUGAAUGAACACGAUGUCCUCCAAGCUCCUGGUGCCAACUUUCUUGACCAUCCUUUGCCUGACCAAGGAAGACAUGGAAAACAUACAAUACAACCUUUCCCGGAGGGAUCAAAGUCAUGCCCAGGGAAGCCCAAACAUGACCUCUUGCCAAGAUUUUUGUCUUUAUUCCCUACACCAUCAGAACAGUAAAAAGCUUUUCAUGGAAAAAAUAAUAUCUGCAUUCAUAUGUGUUGAUUUUAAUUUAAAUUCCCCAUAAGUGGUAACUGUUC